AUGGGUUCUUCGUCUGUGGAACCCAAGAGUCCCACAAAUUCCUUUCGUGUGCAGAGAAAGGCAGCUGUCGGCAGGCUGCGUGCUCGUUCCGAACAUUAUCUGUGGCUAUUUGGGCAGAUGCAUGCUAAGCGACUUCUUGUUUUCGCUCAUCUCUUAUUUCUGGCAUUAUCCGUGUGGCUGAUGUGUGUUUGUGCAGUCGGGUUUACAGGCUUUCCCGUGCCAGGACUUGAUGGGUUUCUACCUUUUGAUAUGCCUGCUCGCGAAUCUUUGCGCGAGGGUGACAAUGAGUCAUUGUAA